AUCAGCCCCACCUGCCGCAUGCACAAAAUAAGCCGCAACACCUUCUCAGCUUACUUAAUUUACCAAAUAAUGACAUUUCUGCUACAUCUCCUUUCCUCUCCAACACCCCUCUUUCAUUCUUUCAACCAGUGACCUUGUUCGGCUUUUUAUUUCUCUUCUAUUCCCUCCAGAUAGAGGUGUUCUUUUGUUUUACUAAGCUCUUUCCUCUCUCUAAUGGCCAUCAGAUAUCUCGUCCUCCUCUCUCGCCAGGGAAAAGUGCGCUUGGCAAAAUGGUUCACAACUCUUUCUCCCAAAGAGAAAGCCAAAAUAGUUAAGGAUGUCACUGCUUUGGUUCUCGCACGUAGGACCAGGAUGUGCAAUUUUCUCGAAUACAAAGAUUCCAAAGUAGUCUACCGCCGCUAUGCAUCCCUCUUCUUCAUCGCUGGAAUUGACUCAGGGGACAACGAACUUAUUACUCUUGAGAUUGUCCACCGCUACGUCGAGCAGAUGGACAAGUACUAUGGGAAUGUUUGCGAGCUAGAUAUCAUCUUCAAUUUCCAGAAAGCCUACUUCAUUCUAGACGAACUCCUCAUUGCCGGUGAACUGCAAGAGAGCUCAAAGAAGAAUGUUCUGAGAUGUAUCUCUCAAGAAGACGCUCUUGAAGACAUGGAAUUGUCGUAAACCACAUUAGCUCGUUCACGAUUUACUUGUCGGCCAGGGUUUUUGUUGAUGGUUUGUUUCUAUUUUUUUUAUAUAUUUUGGUGGAGCGUAGCUUAGGAGUGAUUACUUUGGCCGGUUUACGGAAUGAUGAUAUCCAUGAUACAUGAGAAGAGAAGGGUCAGUGGGAACGAAAGGAGAAAUAAAGUAAGAGUGGGAUGGAGGGCUCAUAUACUGGACUAGAUAUUAAUGGCUGGGGGAAAGGUACUUUCUUUCUUAUUUCCAUGUAAUUAUUCAUUUGUCGGAGUUUGGGAGGUGGGCUUCCUGGGAAUGACAUCCGGUAGGGUGCAUAUCCGGUGGGUUCUUAGUCUACAGGUAACACGUGCAUUGAGACCCUCCCAGUAGAAGCUAUUAUAACGGUCCUGCGAAUGCCGGUAUGAUAAUUAUAACAGCAUAAUUUC